CGGAAGUUUGAUAACUGACUAACGUUAGCUCACGUUAGGUGACUUACGGGCGCACGUUUGUGUUGCGUAUGUAGUUAGCUAGCGACCGUAGCCAGUGUUUCAGUAACAGUGAGUUAUUUAAGCUAGCUGGUUAAUGACAGUCCUCAUCAUUUCUCCGUUCGCGUCUUUGUGAUCAUCAGCAUGGCUUUUACGAGCCUGUUCUUCAGACCCCCAAACCCGGCUCUGCACACGGAGGGAAGGAACAACACUGAAGUAGUGGAAGAAGACAUUGAAUAUCAAGGCGGUGAAAUCACAGAGGAGGGAAAUGAAGAAAAAGAUAAUCAAAAAGAAAAGAACUGUGAUCACACCAGAAAGAGGCAGAGGAAUCAGAGGGAGGAGAAAUCCGAGCAGAAGAGUCAAGACACGCAAAUGGCCUCCAGCAGCUCAGAUAUCGGUGAGCAGGAGCAGAAGAGUUUGCAGGUACCCAGCAAGAGGAGCAGGUGUGAAUGGAGCUGGGACUGUAGCAACAAGAAUGAACCUUCCCAUCCUGGCAGCUCUCAAAAACGCAAGCGGAAAAAAAAGAAGUGCAAACGACAAGCGGAGAAUGACUUUGGCAUUCAGCUCGGCCAGUAUCGCCAGGCCCAGGAGGCCCUGUCCUCUCCUCAGGGAAGAGAGCAGCCGUUCCAGGAGAAGAGAGGGGGGCCGGCGAUGCGGGGAGCAGCAAUGCGGGGAGCAUGGAAACAAGGUCCUGGUCAAAGGGGUGGGGCUCAAGGGGGCACAGGAGGGAGGGGCAUGGACCCUGGGCAUGGCUUUGGCCGGGGGCAGGAUAUGAAGAACAAGCAGCAGAAGGGCAAGAAGUGGGGGUGUGGGCGUGGCCCCAGAGGAAAGCAGCAUGAGGUCUGUCCCAAGAAGGACAGAAAAGCAGGCCCCUCAUGGGUCAGACCUACUCCCUUCCUCAGCCCAGAAUUCAUCAGCCGGCACACUGUCGAGAUAGAGGGGAGAAACAUCUGCAAAUACUUCUUGAGAGGAGCAUGUGUCAAAGGAGACCAGUGUCAUUUUGAGCAUGAUAUGAAUGUGAAGAAGAUGGAGCUGUGUAAAUUCUAUGUCCUGGACUUCUGCACUAAAGGAGACAAUUGCAUCUAUAUGCACAAGGAGUUUCCCUGCAAGUUCUUCCAUACAAGAACACGUUGCUACAGUGAAGCUGCCUGCAAGUUCUCCCACGAGCCACUGACUGACCUCACUAGAGACUUGCUAGAAAAGGUUCUCAACACUGAGCCCAUGGAGAAGGGUGAGCAGGAUCUGACAGAUGAAGGCUCCACCCCCCUGGCCACCAAAGUGCAGCUGUCUGUGGACCUGUCCCAGAACAUCUGUGUCAGGCCCAAUUUCUACAACAGCUCAUCUGUUUCAGACCCUCUGCUCCCAAACUUGCCUCUCUCUGUUGGGGGUUCUGAUAACAUGAAGGGUGGAAAAAAGACCUCUCCUCAAAGGUUCCCGGUAGGGGAUGGAGAGGGUCAUGUGCACCCCGCCUCUCCCAGACCCAUGGGCUCCGAGGCAGAGAGAAAACCAGUGGAGCUUAGAGACUCCUCCAGCUCUUCAGUGCAGAGCACAGAGGCCUGCAGAGAACCAGCCAGUUCCAUCCUGAAGACCCUUUUUGUGCACCUGAGCCCAAGCUACCAGGAGGAGGAGCCCCCAAGUCCUAGCGCAGACUCAGGAGCUUCUAUGCGCCACAGUGAUGAGGCUUGGGCCGUGGGCCCCAGGGCUGGGAGAGAGGAGCUGCAGGGGCCGCAGCGCCAGGAGAGAGAGGGGAGAGCUCCUGGGGCCGGGAAGGAGGGGCUACAAAGUCCUGGCUGCAGGCUGUCACUGCAACAUGAAGAGCGAGAGAAAGAGCUGAGAGACCAAGCCGUUCCCAUCCCACUGGAGCCGGUCCCAGGCAGGACAGCUAGAGACCCUCGCACCCCACUGCAGCACCCACACCCCAUCCUGCCUCUACCCGCUUUCGCCCGGCAUGUGGAGUGGAGUCCUGAGGACCUGCUGCCCCUCCCUGCUCCCAUCAGCAGGCUGAUCCAGGACCCCCCAGAGCCCUGUCCCCUGGGGUACACCCCCAAAAUCUCCUCCUCUGACUGCACUCCAGGAGAGACCCGUCCCGUUGGUCCCAGAAAUCAGAGUGCGCCCCCUGCAGUGCACAGCCUGCCAGUACAGCUGCUGCCGGGGCUUGGGCGGCCCACAUGCCCUGACGGCAGGCUGAGCAGACACUCGGCACAGAGGAGGGAGGGAGGGUGGGGUAGCAGUGAGGACACACAGGGCACACCGCUGAAGGACAUGUUUAAAACCUUUGAUCCCACCGCCUCCCCUUUCUGCCAAUAA